CCUCGCGCUAAUUCUAGGACAGCGGCAGUCCUUUGAACAAAUGCAAUGAGCGUCAGCUGCGAUUUGCGACCAAUAUUCCGAAGCGCCAGCUACGAUCAACGUCGCUUCCAGCUGCUCGCAGUGCGCGUGCGCAACAUUGAGAACGGCAGCGAAGUCAUUCAUCGUGCUUCAGCGUCGGCAGGCUCCACCACUGGCAGCAGCUUUGCCAGCAGAGACCCCGCAGCAGAGUCAGAGGGGCUUCACUUCAGGAUCUCAUCCGCCAACAAUAGUGCGCCCGACCAUGCUGCCUCGGACGCGCCGUCGUUCCAGCCAGGCUCCAUUGUAGCCAUCGAGGAAGGCGGUGCGUUGGCCAUUCGCUUUGACGUUGCAGUGCACGUCCGUCUCCCAUGCUUGUACCUCGUUCGCGCCUCAAAGCAAAAGAAGGCCAUUGCUCUCGUCCAGAACUCGCACACGACAACAAUCGGCGACAUUGACAAACCUAUGGUCAUUCACUGCGGUCCGAUGACACCACAAGCCAAGCCCACCGCGAUCGAGGUUCAGCUGCAAGCGCCAUUUCUCAAUCACUCAACCCAGCUGCCCACUGCUGCACCGUCGCCAAAAGUCCUCACGAACGACUCCAAUCCAUCGUCUCAGGCGAACAACGCCCAGCUGUCACGCCAGUCGAGCGAAGGGACGCUUCUGGCCGAGUCGUCCACAAAGACGGACGCCGCCCCGCAGCAGCAGCUUGAUGCACUCGACAAGGACUGGGACUUUGUGGACAUGGACGCCCUGGCGGAAGAAACAAGCACCCCCGUCGUGACGGAUUCAGGCCGGCUCUGUGUAGCGUCAAAGCUCGAAAAGCACUUUGCAAGAACGUCGCUGCUUCGGCUCACUCAAAAGUUUUACUUUUUGCGCGUGGACAUGGACACGCACGUCCCAAGUGUGCUAUGCAAACUGACUGUUGCGUUUGCUUUGCAAAAGCACAGUUCCAAUGUUGUGUCCUCCCUGGUUGCGUGUCCGCUCCCUGGCGCCUCCGCCGCCGCUGUUGCUCGAGCGUCUCAAAUAUUGCGGCCAGCGUCUAUGCUCUGCUUUGCAUUUAGUCAAGGCGGCUUGCGACCAAAGUCCGAGCUCGUGUAUGGACCUCUGGGUGAACUGAGUGUGCCGUCCAGUCGCGCUUCAAUGAUUGCUCCGAACGAAGCCUUGGACGCGACCGCUCUUUCGCCCCAAGCAGCAACAGGCGGGGCAGGUUUAGUAACGAUAUCCGAACUUUCGACUGGGGCUAGCACAUCCACCAUUCCAUUCAACAACACCAUUCACAACUCCCAGCUCGAAUCCGACGCUGGCCACCCGUUGAGCAGCAACCCGGCUUCAUUCGACGCCUUGGACGAGAACGCGUUAACGGGCAACAGUGUUGCACUGCCGCUCGAGGUUCCACAGUGGCGAAAAGCCCUCGUUCAUCAGCUACGCGAUCGUGACCGGUUUCAGCGCGACAUUUUCGAGGGGAUUGUUGAAGCGCGGCAGCGGUUGGUGCAUCGAUUGAUGGCAUCGCAAGUCAUAGCCUCCGGCAGCGAGCGCGAUCGAGAUCGAGACCUCGGUGUUCGCUCAUACAAGCUUGCAACAAAGGCUGAACUGGUCCGACGGGGCACAGCGCUGUUGACGCGGCUCGGUCACGCCGGGAAUGGAGGCACAAGCUCCAACAGCAACAGCAACAGCAUGAACGAGCAGGCCAUGCUAAAGAGUCAACAGCCAGGUUCGAUGCAGACCGAUACAACACGCACACCGCCCACGGGAGACACAACACCAGAUCAGUCCCGCGGUGUUGUUUCGCCUUCCGGCUCCUUCAGCUCGCAAGAGCAGCUCAGUCCUGUGGCCAGCAGGCUCGAUCUCAACGGGCACAGUUCCGAGUCCGGUGUCGAUCGGUACAACUCCAACAAGAGCUCAUCCGUGUCUGUCAGCUUGGGUUCAUCUGCAACCGCGCCGGUCAGUCGAGGCCAAGCAAGAAGCAAAAGCACUGCGCAACAUCGACUGGACGUCAAGAUUGCCGUUGCCUCAGCCAUCGAGCACUUUGUGGACGAGAACUUGGCUAUUGCACAAGAGCUUGAGCCCGUCAAGUUUGUCAUGUCGCCAGACGGAGUGCCCAUAGCCUUCCGGUCGUAUUUACCAAGCCCUGAAAAUGUGAAGCUGGACGUCGUCGUCGUUAUUGUCGUUGGUCUCGCUGUCUGCAGCUUCUAUCGCUCGUUUAUUCCUUACGGAUGCCGGAACGUGUAUGGCCUACGAUCGUAUAUUUACGACUAUCGAGGCCACGGGCUUUCAGGCGGCCCGCGAGGUGAUGCUCGGACUCCUCAAUCGCACCUGGAAGAUUUGCGGGCAGUUGUGCAGGUCGCCAAGUGGAACAAUCCGACUUGUUCCGUUGUUCUUGUGGGACAUGGCACCGGCAGUUCGCUUGCAUUAAAGUACGCGGCAUGGAGCCAGGCUGAACGCGUCGACGGGUUUGUCUUUGGCUCGCCGCAUCUUCCCGAGUUUGAGCGAACGGAGCUGCGCGGGACCUUCUUCAGUCCAAACUCCUUCACCAAAGUCCUUCAGCUCGCAUUUGCGCGAGGGACGAAAGGUCGACUGGGCCACCGACCAGCGAUUCACUUGCACGACUUUUUCCGUGGGUCAGUCUUUCAGACCUUCGGUUCGACACAGACCAAGGAUUUCAUGGCGGACUGGAAUCCAGGGGUUCCUGGCGGAGCCCCGCCUCCCAAGUUUCUGACUGCAAACUCUGUCGUCGGAUCCAUGUCAUUCGAAUCAAGAUCUCUCUUCAGCGCCAUCGAUGUCCCUUACGCCGUUUUUCUGGGCGAGCACGAGGAACUCCUUGAAAUCGAUCGUUGCGUCAGCAUGCUCAUUUCCAUUCCAAGCACCCUACGAACGGUGGAAAUUGUGCGUGGCCAAACCCACUUUUCAAUUGCGAGUGUGCUCGACUCGCUCGCCUGCCCAUGGAUUGCCAAAACGUUCGCUCACAAAGUCCCGCAGCCACCCGCGCGCGACGCGGAUUCGCAAGGAGAUGUGCAAAACCUUGAACUUAGCCCCGGGACCAUGCUCCAGCGUCAUGAGCAUCUCGCACCGGCGGGCCAGAGCGAUGUGUAGCACGUGAAAUUUUGAUUCGUUUCGUUUUUUUGAAUGUUUUAUCGAUUUUUUUCAUUUUCCGACGUCCUCCGACGCACCCACACAUAUGUAGAGUUUGAAUGUUUAAAAAAUAUACAUAAACUAGCAGA